AUUCAAACCCCCCAACUCCCACCCUCUCUCUUCUCUCUCUUAUCUUGUCUCGGAGCAAUGGAAGACCCAUCGAUGUCGAUGGAUCCGGAGGCGGCGUUCUUGGCCUCGGAGCAGGUGACGGGGAACGAGUGGGAGCUCUACAAGGAGAACGUCCGGCCCCUGAAGCGAGGCCGCAACGUCCAGCUCCUCAACCAAGCCCUCCGAUCCCAGCAGGACCACGCCCUCAAGAAAUCCCUCCUCCAGACCCGCAGGAGAAUGAUCCAGGCGAUCGAGGAGUACAAGGGGGAGGAUCCUCUUCAGCCGUGGCUCGACUGCAUCAAAUGGGUUCAAGAGUCAUUUCCCAGUGGAGGAGAGUGUUCAGGGCUGGUUGUGAUUUAUGAACAAUGCGUGCGUACGUUUUGGCAUGACGACCGUUACAAGGAUGAUCUACGCUAUCUUAAAGUGUGGUUGGAAUAUGCCGAGAACUGUGCUGAUGCUGAAGUAAUAUAUAGUUUUCUUGAGGCAAACCAAAUUGGGCAAAGCCAUUCUGUCUAUUACUCCUCAUAUGCGUUGCACAUGGAAUCCAAGAAUAAAUUGAGAAAGGCUGAUGAGAUCUUCAAUCUUGGUAUAUCAAGGAAAGCAAAACCAUUGGAAAAGUUAGAAGCUGUGUACAGGACAUUUCUCGUACGAACAACCAAGAAACAGGGUUCUGUUGACGAUGAACCGUCAAAUAAUGACUUGCCAGUUCGAAGCUUUGGAAAUGUCCUGACAACAGGAGAAGCUAGAAGACAGCCUGCAGAAAAUUCUGAUCUCACGAAAGGGAGGAAAAAGCUACAGAGGCUUGAUUCUAAUAGACCGCUUUCUAUUUACAAUGAUGCUAACUCUGGAGCAAGUCAUUACCGCAAUAAUGUUGAGAGCAAGGAGAACUCCUGGCACAUUCUUGGAACCCGAUCAGAUCGGAAUAAGGAAAAUAAUUCAGUCCCUGCCAAAUGGGUCUCAUAUAAGAUUCCUCAGAAGAUGAGUACUAGAACAGGGCUGACAACGUCAAGCACUCAUAUUGAGGUGUAUAUUGAUGAGGAAUGUGCAGAUUUGCCAUCAGUGGAUGUUGCCAAGAGUCCCAAGCCUUCUGUAUUGAAGCUUAGAAAAGCAACUAGCCGAAACCUUAAAAAGGAAACGGAACUGCUGAAAGAAAAUCCAUUGCGCAAUUUCCCUCUGAAUAGUCUGCGAUAAUCGGCAUCUGUAUUUCAGCAUCAAUCCGACAGGUCUGUAUUUGUAUGAUGGUGCCUUGUUGUUGAUUGAUGAUUCUGCUGUCUGCUUACCUUGACCAAGGAGGCUGAACUUCUGGAAGAAGAUCCAUUGCACAGUUUCCACUGAAUAGUCUGAGAUAAUUGGCAUAUUUCAGUACCAGUCAAAGAUGUCUGCUUUCUUGUGUUGUUCUGUUGUUGGUUGAUGAUUUGUGUGUUUUUUUCUUUUGUACAUGUUUUCAUGCAUCCAGCUUUUAUCUCCAAAGCUUGUUAUGUUUAUGUUUGUCCAAGGAAUCUACUUUGUAACUUCGUGGAUGUUAUGCUGGCAAUAUUGAAUUAUUGAUUCAAUGGAGUGCAUUCUUGAAAAA